GGUGGGUUCUCAGUUUAUUUUGUGCUCAUGUGUGAGCUGUUUUGAGAGCACGUCUUGUGUCUUGCUUGUUUCUGCAGCUCUAACACCGCACGUCACCUGGCUCUCGGGAGAGACUCUGUCUAUAGAACAACUAAGUCAUUAGAGGGUCUGGUUAGCUGCACAUCUCCUCUUGGGGAGGCUUGGGGAGGGGAUCGCGCACGCGUCAUUCCCCUCACUGCCUGGCAGAGUCUGCUUUAUCUGGUGGGUCUCUUCGUGGUCGCAGAGCUGUUCCCGUCUUCUGCUGCGGGGAAUGCUCUGCCUGAGUGUCCUGUUGCCUAGGUGUGCAAGAGAGCCGGAGGGCACGUUCUUCUCGCCCGGGUGUGCAAGAGAGCCGGAGGGCACGUUCUUCUCGCCCGGGUGUGCGAGAGAGCCGGAGGGCACGUUCUUCUCGCCCGGGUGUGCGAGAGAGCCGGAGGGCACGUUCUUCUCGCCCGGGUGUGCGAGAGAGCCGGAGGGCACGUUCUUCUCGCCCGGGUGUGCGAGAGAGCCGGAGGGCACGUUCUUCUCGCCCGGGUGUGCGAGAGAGCCGGAGGGCACGUUCUUCUCGCCCGGGUGUGCGAGAGAGCCGGAGGGCACGUUCUUCUCGCCCGGGUGUGCGAGAGAGCCGGAGGGCACGUUCUUCUCGCCCGGGUGUGCGAGAGAGCCGGAGGGCACGUUCUUCUCGCCCGGGUGUGCGAGAGAGCCGGAGGGCACGUUCUUCUCGCCCGGGUGUGCGAGAGAGCCGGAGGGCACGUUCUUCUCGCCCGGGUGUGCGAGAGAGCCGGAGGGCACGUUCUUCUCGCCCGGGUGUGCGAGAGAGCCGGAGGGCACGUUCUUCUCGCCCGGGUGUGCGAGAGAGCCGGAGGGCACGUUCUUCUCGCCCGGGUGUGCGAGAGAGCCGGAGGGCACGUUCUUCUCGCCCGGGUGUGCGAGAGAGCCGGAGGGCACGUUCUUCUCGCCCGGGUGUGCGAGAGAGCCGGAGGGCACGUUCUUCUCGCCCGGGUGUGCGAGAGAGCCGGAGGGCACGUUCUUCUCGCCCGGGUGUGCGAGAGAGCCGGAGGGCACGUUCUUCUCGCCCGGGUGUGCGAGAGAGCCGGAGGGCACGUUCUUCUCGCCCGGGUGUGCGAGAGAGCCGGAGGGCACGUUCUUCUCGCCCGGGUGUGCGAGAGAGCCGGAGGGCACGUUCUUCUCGCCCGGGUGUGCGAGAGAGCCGGAGGGCACGUUCUUCUCGCCCGGGUGUGCGAGAGAGCCGGAGGGCACGUUCUUCUCGCCCGGGUGUGCGAGAGAGCCGGAGGGCACGUUCUUCUCGCCCGGGUGUGCGAGAGAGCCGGAGGGCACGUUCUUCUCGCCCGGGUGUGCGAGAGAGCCGGAGGGCACGUUCUUCUCGCCCGGGUGUGCGAGAGAGCCGGAGGGCACGUUCUUCUUUCCCGGGUGUGCGAGAGAGCCGGAGGGCACGUUCUCGGAAGUGCUGACUGCCCUGAGAGCACAUAGCAUAUAAAUUGUGACGCGUGUUGCUAAGGUAAAAGCCUUGUAGACGUUAUGUCCGCUUACGUUCUGGCAUCAGCCGCUGUUCCUUUUUUCGCGGAGGGGAGUUGUGGCACAGGCACGCCUGGGAACGUGCCCGUGCUUUUCCAGGGAGUGGUGGCAGAUUUGGGGUUUGGCCCGAGGUGGCCGAGUCCAGGCUGUUCUCCCCGACGGGCCGCGGCGGUCGCCUGCCCAGGUACCUGCCCCGCGCCGCCAGGUUCACGCGCGGGAAGCUUGUCUCCUUUCCGUUUGCGUUUCUUUUACAUGGAGUGAGGCUGAGUGUCCUUUGCAUUUUCAAGAGUUUUGAAUCGUUUUCUGGUAAACCUUUUCUUACUGACUUGUAAGAUCAAGUGUGUGUGUGUUUAAUGCCUGUGAUAGGAGCUGCAAGUACUUUUUCUCUAGCUUGUCGUGGCUCUUUUGAUUGUAUUUAUGGGGUUUGGACUUUUUUGGGUUUUUCCAAGCCAAAAUAGUUGUGUGGUAAAGUUGAUAUUCUUGCCUUUUGUGGUCCUUGGUUUAGAAUCGUAUGUACAGACGUCUUUCUCACUUAGCAGUCACAAAAAAGGAUUCCUGUGGUUUAUCUAGUAUUUUCACAGUCUUACUUUUCAAACUGAAAUCGGAUCCAUUUGCAGCUUAUUUGGAAAUAAAGUGAGAGACUCGGAGCGUUCUCCAUCGUGUGGCACAUUCAUAAUGCAUUUUCACAUCUGAGAGUCGUAAACAUUCAUGGCACUGUAACCGGUCACCAGCAUCACACGCUCUGGAGGAGUAUUUGCCGAAUACUGGAUUUUGCCUUUCCUCCUCUUUGCUUCGACUCUGGCUGUGACUGUGCCAGCGCCUGCCUGCAGAGUUAAAGCUCCUUUUGACCCAAGUACGUGCUUCCUGACCCAGCUGUCGUCAGAGCUGCAUCCUGGUGACGGGGACUGUCCCGGGCCAGCCUGGGCCGCCUCCUGGAGACACCACGCAGCUGUGCCUCUUGGGUGCUCGGGCGUGUGACGUCUGGGGACACGGCACCCAGACAGGGGCCCGGGCCCGGGGGUGAUGCCGGAUUUGGAGACGUCCUGCAGGCUUUGGCCACGUUUCCCUCGGUUACCCUUCCGGGCACUUCCCCCACAGAUUUUUCCGCCUCGCGUCAUUUCUCAGAUUGAGAUAUUCACAUAGGACUCGUUCUUUGCACGUGUGGUUUGGUGGUCUGGGUACAUUCACAGUGUUGUGCAGACGUCACCACUCUCUAAUCCAGAGCAGUUCGUCACCCCAGCAGGGUGCCCUGUCCUCAUUAGCAGUCGCUUCUGUUCCUGUCGGGCCCCUGUCACAUCUCUACAGCGCACCUGGAACUCGUCCACUGUGUGGUCUUCUGGGACUGGCUUUUUUGACUCGGCGUCACGUACUGAAGUUCAGGUUGCAUCUGUGCUGUGGGUACACCCCGGUCGAGUCACCCCUUCACUGCUGAGCUCUUAGGAAGAAAGCCGUUGGCAUGCAGGUCUCUGGGCGGACGUGCGAUUUCGUUCUCUCGUGUUUGUGCGGGGAGCGGAGC